CUGGUGAUGCCGUAUUCUCACUUUCCAGAGGAUGAGGCGUCCUUAUGGUACGAGGCUAACUUCCCGGUUUCUGGCGGAAUCGCGCAGUUGCAUCCUGGGCGACAAACUAUACUUCUCCUGCCAUACAUAGGGUUAGAUAUCGCCUCGUUGGUGAACCAAUUUCAAGAUCCCAUAUUAUCCACGACGUACAAUCUCCUCGCCGUGGACUUCUGGUCGCAAGGAAAGACCGUCAAUCCGACAAGUGAACGUCAUGACUGCUGGGUGGAUGCUGCUUCAUUGUUGAAAGUACUGGCUCGGCUGCAAAUCCAGCAGAUCCACGUGUUUGCUGGCGGUGCUCUCUCAAUCGGAACCGCGUUGCGCUUAGCACUGUUGUGGCCUACUGGUAUUCAAAGCCUGGCUGUAUUGUCCGUACACAAGCCUGUGGAACAGUGGCUGGUGGACACGUUCAAGGAAAUCAUCAUCACUCUUGGCACCGCAAAAAGCCUGGAAGAAAUCGAGGAUAUCAUCAAUGAGCUGUUCCCUUACUUGUUCUAUGACGGACUUCCGGAUGACGAGCUCGAUUUCUUUGCCGCAUACAUUACAAGGCAAUAUCCGCCAUCUCGCAUAAGCAGAUUCAACGACAUGCUGUAUGAUUUUCUUACGCAAUGGCUCAGCCCGCUCACAUCGGAACAUUAUUCCCUCAUCCGGCAGCCUGUCUUGAUAAUCUCACCAGAGGAUACCAUGACCUCUUCACGAGAGGAAGCAGAAGACUUGAAGAAGCUGCUCAUUAACUCUGUUGAUCCACGACUGAAAAUCAUCGACACCCCUGGCACAGCGAGUUAUUACACACGAUGCUCGUAUCCGAAAGUGAACCAGCUGUACACUUCCUUCCUUCGAGAACUUAGCCCGAGGACCUGUUAUUCCAAGAACAUCCCGAAUAUGCAGGCUGCCCUCCGGACGCUAGCGAAGUUGACUGGAAACACCAACAUACAGGAUCGAGAUCCCCAGAAAGCGUUCAGCUUCAGCUGCGUCUCCGCAGAAGACGUGGCCGAGGAGCACACCACUAGGGAACAAUUGGACAUGUUGGGCCAGAUGGCUGUCAACCCGGUGGAUCCAGCCGCUGAGCUCCCACGAAAGUUCAGCGAGAGACAUAAUCAGAACUUCUUUGGAAAGCACCGGACCGAGUCGAAUGGAGAGUGGCUCUAUGCUGCUAUCGAUGUACGUGUUGGACAAGGCGAGCAUGUGGGCUCAGAUUCAGGCCUUCCUUAA